AUGCUGCUCGAGACGGUGCGGUCGUUUGGCGAGAGCGCCGUGACGUCGGUCAUCAUGUGGGCGAUCGCCGGCGUGCGCACCGUCUUCGGCGUCGUCACGGCGCACCGGCUGCUGCUGCUGCUGCUGGGGCUCAGCGCGCUGACCAACGUCUUCUGGGCGUCCAAGGAGAACUCGGGCUGGUGGUCGGAGCGGCGGGCGGUGCGGUUCAUGAAGAAUGUGGGCGUCGGGCCCAACGUCGUCAUGAGCAAGGCCAUUUACAUGGCGGACCUCGGCGAGGCGUCGGGGGCUGCACGGAACGGCAGCUGGCCGGAGGAGAGUGCUUGCUUCUCGGCGUUCCAGCGCGUGACCAACUCGACGGACCUCGACGCGCCGUUCGAGGGCGCCGGGUCGACGCUGACGUCGGCGUCGAGCCGGGCGACGGCGCGGCGCAUCCGGCGCACGCGGCAGCGGCUGGGGUCGUACCGGCACGACCUGCUCGUGGCGAUGCGCGUCGUCAACAGCAUCGAGCGCGAGAUGGUGCAGUCCGAGUGGGAGAACUGGCUGGCGGACGAGACGACGCGGUGCGACCAGCUGCGGACGGUGCUCGGCGAGGAGGCGGCGGCCAAGACGAAGCGCGCGGGCGAGACGAACCGUGCGGGUCGGGCAAAAGGUGCUGCCGCCGGCGGACGGCGAGGGCGCGCCAGGCGACGCUGCGCGCGUGGCACGAUGCGUACUGCGGCAGCUGCCGGUUCGAGCAGAGGGCGCUCGUGUGUGGGCUUGAUCCUGUGCCGGGCCUGUAGCGGGGGUGGGUGCCUGGCGAUCCCUGGAUGA